UCGCGUCCGCAGUUAUUCUUGCAACCUCACUGCGAGCAAGACGUCGACGACGCGCAGUGUGAAGAAAUGUUACGUGGAGUUGAUGAUUGAUAUUCGUGAUACUGAGUUACUAAAUUAAGUGCAGUGCAGAUAAUGAUGACGGAGAAGCCGUCUAAUAAUUUAUUGUAGAAUAUAGUUUAUAUUUGGGUGAUUAAGCAUCAAACGCCGUCAUGGGCUCAACAGCAGCUAUAAGCCUCUUCGCAACAUUUUCGAACAUAAUUGCAGGAAUGUUCACUACGCCAACAGUAUAUACCACGAGUGUCAUGCCUGACGAUACAAUCGUCGACUUCAUUGUAGUGGGCUCAGGCUCGGCGGGCAGUGUGGUGGCGGGUCGACUGUCCGAGGUGCCGGACUGGGAGGUGCUGCUGCUGGAGGCCGGCGGACAGCCUCCUGCCUUCACGAAAAUUCCAAUCCUACAAAUGGCCUCCGCGAAUCCAAAUGCCAACUUCAUCAAUUUUUACAAGACUCCUCCUCAAAAAAACUAUAAUCAGUUUUUGGCAAGCAAUGAACUGACAUAUCCAAGAGGCAGGAUGAUCGGCGGGACGGGCGCCAUUAACCUGAUGGUGCACAGCCGCGGCAACCCACAAGAUUACGACAAUUGGGCCCAGCUAGGAAACCCAGGCUGGGACUGGGAAACAGUAUUGAAAUAUUUCAAGAAAUCUGAAGACUACCGGAGUCCUCUAGAGCCAAAAGAUGCCCCGUUCCAUGGGAUUGGAGGUCCUCUGAGCGUGCAGAAAGUUGGCUGGAUGCCGCCCGUUGGUAAACUUGCCAUCGAGGCCGGCAAAGAACUCGGACUUGAAGAAAUUGACUACAACACAGAAACAAAAAUUGGAAGCAACAUAUUACAGCUACCACUUCGAGAUGGGCAACGAGUUACAUCAGCAGACGCCUAUUUGAUGCCGAACUUACGGCGCCAAAACCUGAAACUGCAAAUCAACUCGCAAGUGAUUAAGAUCAUCCUGAAUAAUGACAAUGUUGCCAUCGGAGUAAGAUACGUUCAUAGAAACAAGGUGAAGCGAGCGUUCGCGAGGCGAGAGGUGAUAAUAUCAGCAGGCGGCGCUGACACUCCCAAGCUGCUCAUGCUGUCGGGGAUCGGACCACGGGAACAACUUGAUAAACUUGGGAUCAAAACUCGUGUCGACUUACCUGGCGUUGGCCAGAAUUAUAAAGAUCAUGUUUUACUAGAAGGAAUACAUUGGACGAUCCACCCGAACAUCUCGUCGUCCGUUCUAUCCCUCCUCGGACCGUCAGCGUUGCUACGUUAUCAGGAGAAGAGAGAAGGCCCCAUGACCGUUCCGCCUGGUAUUGGUGCAUCGUAUUUUAUUAACGUCGGUAAUCCGGACGAGCCGACCGUUCCGGACAUCCAAGUGCUGCUUGCAUCGCAACUGGUCGGGCAAGAUUACGGCAUUUUAACCUUGGGCAAGUUCAAACAAUCAGUGCAAGAUUAUUAUAAGCCGACGCUAGGAAGAGAUGGCUUCUCCAUGAGUCCCGUACUUCUCAGACCCAAGAGCGUCGGGACGGUGACCCUCAAGUCCAAGAACCCCUUCGACCCGCCCGUUCUGGACCCCAACUGCCUCAGUCACCCCGACGACGUUGAGCUUUUGGUCAAGGCUUCAAAGGCUUCAGUUCAGUUAGGAAAUGCCAAGACAUUCCGCAGGUCCCUCGGCGCUGAACCCAUCAACAAGCCAUUCCCUGACUGCGCUCACCUGGAGUAUCAAUCAGACGACUACUGGAGAUGCCACAUCCGCGGCAUGGCGGGUGUGAUGGCGCACAUCAGCGGCACCUGCAAGAUGGCUCCAGACUCCGACCCCAUGGGGGUGGUGACCCCGCGGCUCAAGGUUCGCGGCGUCAAGAAUUUACGUGUCAUGGAUUCAUCUGUGAUGCCUCAAAUAGUUUCAGCUAACAUCAAUGCGGCUGUGAUCAUGAUUGGCGAGAGAGGAGCUGAUCUCGUCAAAGAAGAUCACGGCAAAAUCUGACGAGCACAAUUCCCUGGUGCGCGUCACAACUCUCAUGUGCACACCAAUUAUAAUUUUUACGUCGUGAAUGUACAAAUUUCCUCCUACUUUGUAAUCUGUAAAUCGAAGUAAAUGUAUUUACUUUUCACGAUAAAAAAUAAAUAUAAUUUUACUCACAACUUUGAUAGAAAUAGUGAAUAGUUUUACCUGGCCGUUUAUGAGGAAUAUCAUUUAUAUAUUUUCCUUCACACGUGAUUCAUGACGAGGCAUAAUGUCAACACCCGCAUGUCGACUACAUCAUAUAGCAUACCAACUUUAUGUACAUUUUCAAAAAUAAUUUAAGACGAAACAUGAAUAAUUUCAAUGAGUACAUGAAUGAGAGAAAUCAUGACUCAUUGCGUCUCUUAAGCCAUCAGUGCGUCGCAUAUUAAUGUACAUAAUGGCCCAAUUAGAAGUCUUCUUCGCUAUCCAUAUGUACCUUCAAAAGAGCACCGUUAAAGAUAAUAUUCAGUUUUUUUGGCAGGAAAACUAACGUACAUGCGUGUUUACAUGCUAAUAGAUGUAAUUCUCAAAUCUCAUGAAUUCUUUAGUGAACGUUCAUUUUAUUUCAGAGAGGAAAAAAGCAAUGAGCUUAAGCUUUUAGAUUUAGAUUAUUCAAUAAUAUUUACUGUUAUGCAAGUUUGCUCUCAAGCUUAGCCCUGCAAUGCACCGUGUAUUGAAAAUGAUACUAACGAAAUUUCCGUCUAUAAAUGCUAAGGUAAUGCUACUUGUUUGUAGCACGACUUGUGACAAGUACGAUGCAUUUCAAGCCAAAUGAUAAUGAAACGCGUUACAUCGUUGAUAGAAAUGCGUGCAUUCAAGGGUUGGAGAAUGAGCUAUGUUUUAAUAUAUUUCAAAAUGAUGAAGUAGAUAGGUGAUACAUGUGUUGAGAAAAUCAGAAUAGUUAUUUUAUUUAUUUCUUUGAUUGAUGCAGUUAUAUUACAUGAAUCAAUAUAUGUUAAUUAAGCUUAUGGGUUAAUGACCACUUUUAAAGAUUUCAAUGAUAAAACAAUAUGAUGAAAAAAUCGGAGAAAUUUGAACAUACUAUCAUUUACAGGGUUUCCUAAUUACAAUACUGUCCUAUCGCAGUAUAAUUACUUCUAUGUUGUCCUUCAUAGAACUUCCUUACACUGGUUUUACGAUAUACCUUUUCAUGAAAUUGUUGGAGAAAUUAGCUAUCAUAACUCAUAUAAUUGUCAGUAAUAUACUAGCUCUCGAUCACUAAUAAAAUUUUUAACUUAA